UUUAUUUCAAGAUGGUGAAAAUGAACUGAAGGAUCCUCCAGCUGUCUGAGACCACCACUCCCAUCCUGCACCGAGUCAGUGCUAGGAACAGCUAAGCUGAGUCCAGAGAACAGAUCCAGGCAAGAUUAAGUUACCCCACUUAAAAUGAGCAAAGAACUUGAAUAGACAUUUCUCCAAAGAAGGCAUACAACUGGCCAACAAGCACCUGAAAAGAUGUACAACAUCAUUCAUCAUUCAGGAGAUGUAAAGCAAAACCCCAAUGAGAGACCACUUCACACCCAUUAGGUUGGCUAUUACUAAGAAACAGAAAAGAACAAGUGGACAAAUUGGAAUUCUCAUGCUGCGGGGAAUAUAUUAAAAUGGUAUAGCCGCUAUGGAAAACAGUUUGGUGGUUUCUCAAAAAGCUAAACAUGGAAUGACCACGUGGCUCAGGUCACUUUUCAGAUCACCCCUCCGUGUACGAGUCGGAGGCAUUAUGAGCAUUUUGGACGAUGCUGUAAUAGAUGUGAACCAGGAAAGUACAUGUCUUCCAAAUGCACUACAACCUCUGAAAGUGUAUGUCUGCCCUGUGGCCCUGAUGAAUACUUGGACACUUGGAACGAAGAAGAUAAAUGCUUGCUGCAUAAAGUUUGUGAUACAGGCAAGGCCCUGGUGGCGGUGGAGCCCGGCAACCGGACGGCCCCGCGGCGCUGCGCCUGCACCGCCGGCUACCACUGGAGCGCGGACUGCGACUGCUGCCGCCGCAACGCCGAGUGCGCGCCGGGCUUCGGCGCCCAGCCCCCGGCUCAACAAAGACACGGUGUGUGAGCCCUGCCCUGCCGGCUACUUCUCAGAAGCCUUUUCUUCCACAGAAAAAUGCAAACCCUGGACCAACUGUACCGUUUUUGGAGAGACAGAAGCACAUCAUGGGACUGAUAAGUCUGAUGUGGUUUGUAGUUCUUCUCUGCCAUCUGAAAAACCACCAAACGAACCCCUGAUUUACUUGCCUGGGUUAAUUAUUCUGCUUCUCUUCACAUCUGUGGUGCUAGUUGCUGCCAUCAUCUUUGGCGUUUAUUACAGGAAAAAAGGGAAAGCGCUGACAGCUAAUUUGUGGCACUGGGUCAAUGAGGCUUGUGGCCGCCUAAGUGGAAAUAAGCAGGAGUCCUCAGGCAGUAAUUUUAGAAGCAUUCAUAUGGAAGCUUCUAGUCAGCGUGAAAUUUGUGAAGGUGUCUUACUGCUGACACUGGAAGAGAAGAUGUUUUCUGAAGAUAUGUGCUGUCCAGAUGGUGGUGGUGGUGUCUGCGGGGGCGCAUGUGCAGGCGAUGGUCCCUGCGCACUAGCAGAAGAUGCCAGGAUGUUCACUUUGGUCAGCGAGACUGAGGGGGACCCCUUCAGGCCUGUUCCCAUGGAAGACGAAUAUGUGGACAGGCCCCCCCAGACCCCAGACUCUUUACUGUUCCUCACUCAGCCUGGAAGCAAAUGCACUCCCCCUUUCCCUGAGCCCCUGGAGGUGGGGGAGAAUGACAGUUUAAGCCAGUGCUUCACUGGGACAGAGAGCAUGGGGGAUUCUGACAGCUGCAGCUUCGCCGAGCCCCCAUGCAGGACUGAGUGGAUUCCCACGUCCUCUGAAAAGUACUUACAGCAAGCAGUGGAGGGUGGCGGUUGCCCCCAUGGAGCGGCCAGCUUCUGUGGCUGUACAGGCUGUGGGGACCCUCCUGGGGAGGACCCGGGGCCCCUCACGGGUUCCCCGGCAAGGGGACACUUGCCCCAGUGUGCCUAUGGCAUGGGCCUUCCACCGGAAGAAGCAGCUAAGAGGGCAGAAUGGGGAGGCCAGCCGGAGGACAGGGCCGAUGGAAGGCAGCCCAGCUCAAGGAGGGGAGGCCCUGGGCCUGGAAGCCCCUCCAGUGACCAGCCACCUGCAUCUGGAACCGUGACGGGGAACAGCAACUCCACGUUCAUCUCCAGCGGGCAGGUGAUGAAUUUCAAGGGCGACAUCAUCGUGGUGUACGUCAGCCAGAACUCGCAGGAGGGCGCGGCGGGGCCGGGCGGCGGCGCGGGGGAGCCGGUGGGCCGCCCGGUGCAGGAGGAGAGCCCGCCGUGCUGCGACGCGUUCGCGGGCCUCGGGCCGCGCUUCCCGGGCGCGGGCGGCGCGGAGCCCGACAAGGCGUCGCGGCCGGUGCAGGAGCAGGGCCAGGCCGGGCCUCCGCGCUGAGCCCCCGCGGCCCCUGCGCCCCGCCGCCCGGCGCCCGAGGUCGGGCCGCGGGCUUCCGAACACGGCCCUCUGUUACCGCGGCCCGAGCCGCAGCCACGUACGGCCGGGGCCACGGGCUCACGGGGCGCCCUUUGCUCGCCCUUCUUACCUCCUUUUGGGGCCCGCCGCCCCCCGUUAGCAUUUCCCCAGUAGUCUGGCCUCCACGGCAGCCGUC